CACACGGGCAAGCAGUGUCGGGCAACCGACUCAGUCAGGCGCUACUGCCUGGGAUACAAGGGGGGAGCACAGUGGUGCACACACAUAUAACACAGAUCAGUCGCCCUUGUUUCCGGUCACUGAUAGACUGGGGACUAAAGUACACCCCAACAUGAAGGAAAAAAUAUGGAGAGGGCAAUAUGUAGAUUUAAACACACUUCUUGAGACACAAAACAUAGCAACACAAUCAAUGCCAGAGGCAGUAGACGAACAAGCCCCUAACCUAGCAAUAUCUCACGAAGGGGGAAGGUUAGUGCUGAAACCCGCUACCUCUAACAAAAAUAAAAUCGUGUCCAUUGAACGGUGGACCGAUGCAUUUCUUGUAUAUACCAGUAUUUAUCUAGAAGCCAAUCCAACUCGCUCACAUGAGCUUCUGAAAUAUGGGCAACUAAUCCGAUCUGCUGCCUCUCGGUACUAUGGGUAUGGUUGGAGAGACUACGAUGUCGAAUUUCGACAUCGCAUGCACAGAAAAGGCGGGUUGUGGUCAUCAAUAGAUGGGGAAUUGUGGCUCCUUCACGUAAUAGGUGGGGGAUCUCCGCGAAACAUGCGGAUACAAGACCGCCCCCAAACCCAACAGGGAUCGUGGGCAACCAAGCGGGAAUGGGCCACACCCCGGGGGUCGAGCACAAUAAAGUUCACACCCAAUAUGAAUAAGGGAAGGGCGCCAUCUCGGGCACAAAACUUUCGUGGCGGAGAAUGCUAUGAAUUCAAUUACCGGUCAGGGCAAUGCUCUAGACAGGCAUGCCGCUUUACACACGCAUGUACCCUUUGUGGUAACAAAGGGCAUGGGAAAAUCCACUGCACUGGAGUCCAACGGUCAAACCUCAAAGCCAUCAAACCCAACAACAAAUAACUGCACCUCCAGAAAUGGGGAACAAACACAGAAGAAUAAUAAAGAUAUACAUGGCAAUGUGAAAGAAGAUAAUAACAUAAUGCAACAGAUGAGUGACUUAAUGUCUCUAGCACAAACACCAAUUAUAACCGAGAACUUAAAAGUUAUGUUAAAGACGUAUCCUAACAGGGAGGCCGCAGAAUUUUUGAAAAAAGGCUUUACUGAAGGCUUCAAAUUGAAUUACACAGGCCCCCGCAUGCCGGCUGAUAUGCCCAAUUUAAAAUCAGUGGAAAACAACAAACCAGUAGCACUUGAAAAAAUUCAAAAAGAGGUAAGACUGGGUAGAUACCUAGGCCCAUUUGAAGUUAGGCCACUAAACAAAUUACGGUCGAGUCCCAUUGGACUGGUGCCCAAAAAGGUGCCGGGCGAAUAUCGUUUAAUUAACCACUUGUCAUACCCACCCGGGUAUUCAAUAAACGAUUUUAUUCCGGAUAAAGUUUGCAAGGUUGAAUACACGAGUUUUGAUAAAGCAACAGAAUUAAUUGUUGAAGCAGGCAUAGGUGCCGAGCUAGCAAAAGAGGACAUCAAAUCGGCAUUCAGGUUACUACCGAUUCAUCCAAAUGAUUUUGAACUGCUCGGGGUCAAGUUUGACGGCAAAUAUUAUAUUGACAAAUGCUUACCCAUGGGUAUCAGAUGUGCCCCAGCAUAUUUCGAAUCUUUUUCUACGUUUAUUGAACAUUGCGUUAGGGAAAGAAUUGGCUCCAACAAAAUAGUGCACUAUGUGGAUGACUUCUUAUGUGUGGGUUCAAUACAAAAU